AUGUCCGAGGCCGAGAAGAGGCCCUUCAUUGACGAGGCCAAGAGGCUGCGAGCCCUGCACAUGAAGGAACACCCGGAUUACAAGUACCGGCCCCGGCGGAAGACCAAGACUCUGCUCAAGAAGGACAAGUACUCCCUGGCCGGGGGCUUGCUGCAUGCCGCCGGGGGAGGACACAUGGGAGUCGGCCUGAGCCCGGGUGGAGGCAGUGGAGGCUCCCGCCUGGAGAGCCCGGGCUCAGGGGGAUCCGCGGGGGCCGGAGGAUACGCUCACAUGAACGGCUGGGCGAACGGGGCGUACCCGGGCUCGGUGGCGGCAGCGGCGGCGGCAGCUAUGAUGCAGGAAGCUCAGCUCGCCUACAGCCAGCAGCAGCACCCCGGCAGCGGGGGGCACCAUCCUCACCACCACCCCCAUCACCCUCACCAUCACCAGCCCAUGCACCGCUAUGACAUGAGUGCCCUUCAGUACAGCCCCCUGCCCGGGGCUCAGAGCUACAUGAGCGCCUCUCCCUCCAGUUACGGGGCCCUCAGCUACUCAAGCCAGCAGCAGCACCAGGCGGCAUCUUCAGGGGCCCUCGGGGCUCUAGGCUCUCUGGUGAAAUCGGAGCCCAGCGUGAGUCCACCUGUGAGCGGGGGAGGCUCCCACGGCCGACCGCCUUGCCCCGGGGAUCUGCGGGAGAUGAUCAGUAUGUACUUACCUAGCGGGGGAGAGGCUGGAGACCCAGCGGCCGCUAGCAGACUGCACAGCUUGCCCCAGCACUACCAGGGGGCUGGCACGGGGGUAAACGGCACGGUGCCACUCACACACAUCUGA